AUGCCAGCAAUUUGUAUAAUGGAUAACAAUAACCCGCUUCAUAUAAGUCGUACGCCUUCUCAACAACCUCUUGAUCGAUAUCAAAAAACUUUGGAUAUCGUUUUCUCGAAAGAUAAAUUCUCUCGAACAGCUGAAAAGCUUCGUCCAUGUUAUACUUGCGAGAGCGAAGAAACUGCAGAAGAAUGUGAAGAAAUAUUAAACAACACACAAAAUGAACAAUUUAUUGUUGGUGGUGAGGAAGCGAUAGUUGGAGAAUUCCCACACAUGACAGCAAUUGGAAGCACAGAAGGAGAAAAAAUAUUUUGGAUUUGUGGCGCUUCGUUGAUAAGCGAAAAAUUUAUUUUGACAGCGGCUCAUUGCGUUUCAAGAAGAACUUUAACACUUCCUGAGUUGAUUGCAAGGGUAACUGAUCAGAAACUGAACAGAAAUAAUGAAGAAAUCCAGCCGUAUGAUUUUGGUAUUAAAAAAAUUAUAGUUCAUCCAGAUUAUAGAAGUCGAUUAAAGUACAAUGACAUUGCUUUGAUGGAGUUGGAUAAGGAAGCGAUCUUUUCUAUAGAUUUGAGACCAGCAUGUCUCUAUCAAUCUUCAGAAGUUGAAGAAACAGUCGGCCAAGCUAUAGGUUGGGGAGCGACUAGCUAUGCUGGUCAAUAUUCCGACAAGCUAUUGAAAGGCGAUUUAAACUUUGUUUCAAACUUUGAGUGUAAUAAAAGUUAUAAUGAAGAACCUGAUCAUCUUCCUUAUGGCAUCAUUUCGUCUCAGGUUUGUGCUGGUGAUUCAUCUCGACAACGUGACACUUGCCAAGGGGAUUCCGGUGGUCCAUUGCAAGUUUUGAAAUAUCGAAAAGAAGAUUAUAAAGUUUAUUAUGAAAUUAUUGGAAUAACUUCUUUUGGACAGUUUUGCGCAUCGGGAAGUCCCUCAGUUUACACCAGAGUGUCGUCAUACCUUGAUUGGAUUGAAGGAAUUGUUUGGCCUGAUAGUAAUUAA